GUUUGCUCAGUCAGACAGAUACUAAGAGAACAUGGACAUCCUUUAACUCACUCCAGACUGGCUGAACCUGAAGGAGUAAAAUAUCAGAAUAUUAGUAUUUCACAACCUGCAAACAAUAACUGUUAAGUUUAGCAAAAAGCAUUGUCUCCAGUGAACAUGGACGAACCGGUUUGUCUCAUUGACACGACGUCAGAUGGGAGGCUGUGUGUGCAGGAGUCAGCGUUGCAGAUCUUGCAGAAGAUUGAGCAGCCGGUGGUGGUGGUCGCUGUGGUGGGUCUCUACCGCACCGGGAAGUCCUACCUGAUGAACCGUCUCGCUGGGAAACAAACAGGGUUUGCACUGGGCAGCACCAUUGAGUCCAAGACAAAGGGUAUCUGGAUGUGGUGUGUGCCCCACCCCACUAAAAAAGAAACCACUUUGGUGCUGCUGGACACUGAGGGACUUGGAGACGUGGACAAGGGAGACUCAAAGCAUGACACAAAGAUUUUUUCUCUGGCAGUUCUUUUGAGCAGCACUAUAGUCCUGAACAGCCGAGGAACUAUUGACAACAGGGCCAUAGAGGAAAUGCAAUACGUGACUGAGCUAACAGAGUACAUCAAGAUCAAAUCACCUGAUGAAGUUGUAGACGAUUCGGAGUUUGUGAAGUUCUUCCCCAGUUUCAUCUGGGCUGUUAGGGAUUUCACUCUGCAACGAAACAUCAAUGGAAAAGACGCAACAGAUGAUGAAUAUCUAGAGUUCGCUCUGAAACUAAAACUGGGCAACUCAGUUCAAGUAAUGAAUUACAACCUGCCAAGAGAGUGCAUUCGUAAAUAUUUUCCAUCACGAAAAUGUUUUACCUUCCCAUUCCCAACGAACCCAGACAAUGUCUCUUAUCUGGAGACACUGGACCCAGCUGAGAUUUCAAAACCCUUCUUGGAAGUCACUGAUUAUUUCAGCCGGUUCAUCUUUGGUCACAGCCAAGUGAAAAAUCUAAAAGAUGGACACAAGGUUACCGGCAGAGUGUUGGGUAAUCUUGCGAAAACUUAUGUGGACACCAUCUCUAGUGGGGCUGUGCCAUGUCUGGAGAACGCUGUGAUUGCCUUGUCAACAAUUGAGAACGAGGCUGCAUUACAGGAGGGGCUUGAGGUGUACCAGAGUGGAAUGGAGAAGCUGAAGAAAUCCUUUCCCCUGGAACUGAAUGAAAUCACUUCGGAACAUCAGUGUUUCAAUCUCAUGGCAACACAAACCUUCAUGAAACGCUCAUUCAGAGACACUGAUGGAAAGUACUUGACAUCUUUAGAGGAAUCCAUCAGACAUCAGUUUGAUAGGUAUCUCUCCAACAACGAGAAGGCUUCUGAGGAUAAAUGUGAAAGUCUUCUGUCAGUUCUCUCUGAACCAAUGACGGAAAGAAUCAACAAAGGAUUCUAUGCCAGAGCAGGAGGUUACGACCUCUUCUGCCGGGACCUAGAGGACAUCGUGAAUCAGUACAAUUUGCUAGCAUAUAAAGAAGUCAAGAUUGCAGAGGUGUUGGAGAAGUUUUUGCAGCAUACGGCUACGCUUACCACGGCCAUUCUGCAGGCUGAUGAUAAACUAACUGAAAAUGAAAGGAGAAUAUGUGAGGAGAGAGAGAGGGCAGUCCUUCUGGAACAAGAAAUUAAGGCCCAGGAAGAGAAGCAGCGUCACCUCGAGGAGAAGAUGGAGAUCGAACAACAGAAUAAUGAAGAAAGACUGAGACAGGUCAUACAGAAGAUGGAAGACGAGAUGUUCCUCCAACAACAGGAGACAAAAGUUGCAAUGGAGAGUAAGCUAAGAGAGCAUGCUGUCCUGAUGGAGAAGGGCUUUCAAGAGAAAGCUAAUAGUAUGGCUCAGGAGAUAGACAAGUUGAAGAGGAAGAAUGCUGAGGUAGAGGAGAGAACUUCAAGAAGUUAUGCACAGAUGAUAGCAGAUCAGGAGCGAAGAAACGCACAGAACAUGGAGGCGCUGAGGCAGCAGCAUCAGCACCAAAUGCAAGCCAUUAAUAACAGACCCAGACCAAGAUCUGGAUGUUGUAUACAGUAAAAUGUGUUUUAAAGUUUUUGAAUUCAGAAUUAAUAGUCUUACUGAAUUUCAAGGAAUGUCUAUUAUUUUUGACAACAUAUACAAAAAAUGAGGGGGGGGGCGGGGGCUUAGUGGUUAGCACGUUCGGCUCACACCUCCAGGGUUGGGGGUUCGAUUCCCGUUUCUGACUCGUGUGUGUGGAGUUUGCAUGUUCUCCCUGUGCCUCGGGGGUUUCCUCCGGGUACUCCGGUUUCCUCCCCUGGUCCAAAGACAUGCAUGGUAGGUUGAUUGGCAUCUCUGGAAAAAUGUCCGUAGGGUGUGAGUGCGUGAGUGAAUGAGUGAGUGUGUGUGCCCUGCGAUGGGUUGGCACUCCAUCCAGGGUGUAUCCUGCCUUGAUGCCCGAUGACUCCUGAGAUAGGCGCAGGCUCCCCGUGACCCGAGGUAGUUCGGAUAAGCGGUAGAAAAUGGAAUACAAAACAUGACUAUCACGAGCAGAACUACAUUUAAUGUAAAUUUUCGGAUUCAUGAAAAUGUUCGUAAUUAUGUACAUCAAUAAAAUAUGUACGCCUGCUCCAUACCACGUGUAAAAUAGUGCGAAAAACUGCACUUAACGUUCUUUCUUUUUUUAGUCAAACUGAUGACACUGCAUUUUGAAGCACUAUGUAUCGUUUCACGGGUUAUUUUGCCUGUCUUUUCAGGAAGGUCUUUUUUUUGUGGAUAUUACUCAAUCAAAUAAUACUUGUGUAAAGUCAUAACCUUGCAUGAAAGUACAGAUGAAAUAUGAAAUUAUUACAGCUAUUAAAGAUCUGUGCUUAUUUUGGAGUCUGUAACAAAAUAAAUCACAGUUGACAGUUGUUUGAAAAGCUGUCUGAGUGAAUGAACACCUCUCAGUGUGUUUGCCGUAAAAGCCGGAAUUAAUGCUGAUAGUGAAUGAAGUUAUCUCAGAAGCUUCAGUUGCAGGGUUACAUUGUUGCAAUGUUUUCUAAAUGAUCUGGUUUAAUGUUUGUAUUCAUCGUGUUAAAGUACUUUUUCAUGUUGGUUUUCCCCAUGUGGUUUAUAUUAUUUGUCCUGUUCAGUUUCCUCUUUUCAAUA